AUGUCCAGGGAGACAAAUACCACAGGAAAGGAGAACUGUCCCACAAUCAUACACUCACAGCAGCAGAGAAGGCAGCAGUGUCACAGGGGCAGGGGCCAGGAAGAUUUGGAGGAGGACAGGAGGAAGCACCGACCCAAGAGAAAUGUAGGGGACCCAGACAUUUUGAAGUCCCCCAGCGACCAUAAAGAAUACAGGUACAUUAAAUUAAUAAAUGGCUUGAAUGUGCUGUUGAUUUCUGAUUUGACUGUCGAUGACUGCAAUUCUUCAGAAGCAUCUGAUGAGGAUAUAGACGAAGACAGAAUGUCUGCCUCCGAAACGGAUGAGGAAGAAAACCAGGAUGAGAAAGACAGCAGUGAUGAAGACAAUGUGGGGAACGACGGGACUGGAGGAGAAUUGGGAGAUAGGGUCAUCGAAGAGUACGGCAAAAAAGUUGUUAAGGGCAGUGGUACUAAAGUUAAUGUCAGCUUGGCAGAUGACCCUGAAAUCUAUGAAGAACUAGUAAAACUAGAAGAUGCCAAUAAGAUGGGCAGUACAGAAAAGCAGUCCGCAGCGGCCCUUGCUGUUUGUGUCGGCAGUUUCUGUGAUCCUGAUGAUUUACCUGGGCUGGCUCAUUUUCUGGAGCAUAUGGUAUUUAUGGGUAGCCAGAAAUACCCAGAUGAGAAUGGGUUUGAUACGUUCUUAAAGAAGCACGGAGGCUCAGACAACGCGUCCACUGAUACAGAGCGAACAGUCUUCCAGUUUGAUAUCCAGAAGAAAUAUUUCAAAGAAGCCCUUGACAGAUGGGCACAGUUCUUCAUUCAUCCACUGAUGAUUAAGGAUGCAAUUGACAGGGAAGUUGAAGCUGUGGAUAGCGAGUAUCAAAUAGCAAGGCCCUCUGAUGCUAACAGAAGGGAAUUGCUGCUCGGAAGCCUUGCAAAACAAGGGCAUCCUAUGAGAAAAUUCUUUUGGGGUAAUGCAGAGACACUUAAACUUAUUCCAAAAAAGAAAAACAUCAACACCUAUGCACGGCUGCGGGAUUUCUGGAAACGUCACUACUCGGCCCACUACAUGAAUCUUGUUAUCCAGUCUAGAGAAACCCUGGAGACUUUGGAAAAAUGGGUGACGGAAAUCUUCUCACAGAUCCCAAAUAAUGGACUGCCUCGACCAACCUUUAGUCACCUGUCGCAGCCGUUUGACACACCGGAAUUUCACAAGCUUUACAAAGUUAUUCCAGUGAAAGAAAUCCAUUCCUUGAAUAUCUCUUGGGCUCUUCCCCCACAAGAAAAUAAUUAUAGGGUUAAGCCUCUUCAUUACAUCUCCUGGCUGAUUGGACAUGAAGGCAAAGGCAGUGUGCUUUCGCUUCUUAGGAAAAAAUUUUGGGCUCUUGCAUUAUACGGAGGAAAUGGUGAGACAGGAUUUGAGCAAAACUCUACCUAUUCCAUCUUUAGCAUUUCUGUGACUUUGACAGAUGAAGGUCUUGAACAUUUCUAUGAGGUUAUUCAUCUUAUCUUCCAGUACUUGAAGAUGUUGCAAAAACAUGGGCCUGAUAAAAGAAUAUGGGAAGAGAUUCAGAAGAUUGAAGGCAAUGAGUUUUGCUUCCAGGAACAGACUGAUCCACUUGAAUAUGUUGAAAACAUUUCUGAAUAUAUGCACAUCUUUCAUAAGGAGGACCUGUUGACAGGAGAUCAGCUAUUGACUGAGUAUAACCAUGAAAUCAUUGCCAACGCCCUUAGUUAUCUCAUCCCUCAGAAAGCAAACAUCUUUUUUUUGUCUCCUGCCCAUGAAAGACUAUGUAACCUGAAGGAAAAAUGGUUUGGGACACGCUACUGUGUUUCAGACAUUGAUGCAUUCUGGAGCAAAUUGUGGAACAGUGACUUUGAAUUACAUCCAGAUUUACACCUCCCUGAAGAAAAUAAAUAUAUAGCCACAGAUUUCUCUGUGAAGAAGUCAAGUGGCCAUGACACAGACUAUCCAAGAAGAAUAUUGAGUACACAUCAUGGCUGCCUGUGGUACAAGGAAGAUAAUAAAUUUGGCAUCCCCAAAGCAUUUAUCUGUUUCUAUCUGGUGUCUCCACUGAUACAAAAGUCUGCACUGAGUGUGGUGCUUUUUGAUACCUUCGUAAGCAUCCUCAGCCACAACCUGGCCGAACCAGCCUAUGGAGCAGACGUUGCUCAGUUGGAAUACAAAGUCAUCGCCAAAGAGCAUGGCUUGACCAUUCGAGUAAAAGGCUUUAACCAUAAACUGCCUUUGCUCUUUGAACUGAUAAUUGAUCACUUAUCUAACCUCAGUAUCACGCCUUCAGCAUUCCAUAUGAUAACUGAGCAGCUGAAAAAGACGUAUUUUAACUAUCUCAUCCAAACCGAUACCCUGGCAAAAGAUCUACGGCUCUCGAUACUGGAGCACGGCAGGUGGUCUUUAAUAGAGAAAUAUCGGGCUUUGUGCAAUGGAAUUUCCAUAGAAUCCCUACUUGAAUUUGUGAAAGCUUUCAAAUCAAACCUGUGGGUAGAGGGACUUGUCCAAGGAAACUUUACAAGCUUCGAAUCAAAGGAAUUUUUGAAUUACGUUUCUCAAAAAUUGAAGUUCCGUCCUCUAAUACACCCAUGUCCUAUUCAAUUCCGGGUGACAGAACUGCCAAAUACCCACAUUCUGUGUAAAGUGAAAUCCCUUCACAAAGGUGAUCCAAACUCUGAAGUCAGCAUCUACUACCAGACGGGUGCUAAGAAUUUAAGAGACUAUUCCCUCACAGAACUGCUUGUGAUGCACAUGGAGGAGCCAUGCUUUGACUACCUACGAACCAAGAAUAUGCUGGGCUAUCAUGUCUACCCUGCCACAAGAAACACAUCUGGGAUCCUAGGUUUCUCUGUUACCGUAACAACCCAAGCAACCAAAUACAACACUGAAUUAGUUGACAGAAAAAUAGAAGACUUCUUUUUGUACUUUGAGAAUAAACUCCGAAAUUUGUCUGAAGAAGAAUUCAUUGCUCAGGUCUCUGCUCUAAUAAAGCUUAAGCAAACUGAUGACUCCCAUCUUGGUGAAGAGGUGGACAGGAACUGGAAUGAAGUGCUUACCCAGCAGUACUUGUUCGACAGACUUGCCCGAGAGAUUGUAGCACUGAAGAGUCUUUCUAGAUUCCAUUUACUUGACUGGUUCCUAGCAUCCAGAGGCAAGCACAGAAGAAUUUUGAGCACCCAUGUGGUUGGAUAUGGUAAACAGGAAGGGGACUUGGAAGUCACACAUACCACCACCGCUCAAAAAUCUUUGUUUGCCCAAACACCUGAACUAACAUUUUUACCUUCUUCUCCUCUGUUGAAUUUCCCCGCUAUUAUGGACAUCCAAGCUUUCACCUCAACUCUUAACAUUCUUCCUUACCACAAGAUACUAAAAUAA